GGUUGUGGUCUAUUGCAAUCGUUAUUCAAAACUCCCGCUACUACCUUCCAGCCUAUGUUUUCUUUUCGGAAGUGCAAUGCAAUAUUGGCGGUAGGCUGUGUUGUCGGGGCCCUUUUGAUGUAUAAAGGGAGAAAUGGCGGGAGGCCAGAAGCCAAUGUAUUAGUGUUUAUAGUUUGCUACAGAAAGUGUUAAUUUGUGGUGUACUGACAGGAUCAGUAUAGAAGUGGCAAAACACAUUCACAGUUACCAUUAAAGUGAGCAGCUUUAUGUUCCGUGAUGGGAAAAUUGUCCAACCCAUUUACAACGUGUUGGUAGUGAACACUCCUGCCCUCUGGUGUGAAUCAGUAGAUCUACAUUGGUGUCAUUGCGGAAAAUGUUUCAGAGGUAUGGAGAAAUGAAAAUCGUCACAGUUUUUAGGUUCCCUUUACUCCAACCCCAAUGGAGGCUGUGAUGGGAGAAACUGGUGAAGGAAGUAAGGAGGGAUCUGAUAGUUCUAUGAACAAAACAGGUGAAUUUCGAGUUAAUGGGGAAAUGAAUGGAUCUUACGAAGAAGAGAUGGAAGUGUGCGAGAAUGUUCCACAACAUGGCACUAUUGUUGCCAAAUCAUUGACCAGUGAUGUAAUGAGUGAUAAAAGUACAGAUGAUAUCAGUGAAAACUCUCUUUUGGAUAAUGCGAGUAAUUGUAGUAAGGAUUUUAAUAAUGCUGAAAACUUCUCUGUCUGUGAGAGAGGGGAUACGAAAGUGCCUAACAGUGAAAAUUUGAGUGAAUCAGAAAUGUGCAAAGAUUUGGGAACUGAAGUGCCUGGAGUCGAAGAGGAAGAGGAGGAGGAGGAAAUAGAAGAAGAAGAGGAGGAGGAGGAGGUCGAUGAUGAUGAAGAUGAAGAAGAAGAAGAAGAUGAAGAUGAUGAAAUGAAAGAUGCUAGAGAUGAAGAUUUGGAUAAGAAUGAAGAAAUAGAAAUUGAAGAGAGUGGUUUAGAUGACAGUGAAACUCAGGGCAGUGAUGCUGGUGAUGAUUUAGAAAAGGAGGAAGCCUUGGACGCAGACGUUGGUAAAGAGAUUCCAAGUUCCACAAAUAACUGUGUAAAAUCCAGAGAUAACAGUUUAGGUUCAGAUGCAGAAUCAUGUGACGACGAACAUGAUGAAUCUGAAGAUAGGAAAGAUGAAUUGUUAGUCAAUAGGGACAAAGAUGAUGACUCUCAUAAUUUAGAUAGUAAGGUCGUAGAUCUUGAAGGUGAAGAAAAUGUUAGUGAUGAAUCUGUAAGGUCUGAAAAUGAGAAUCACAUAGGUAGCUUUAAAAAAGCAGCAGGUAGUUCUUAUGGAGCAGGAGACAGUUUUAAAGAGGAUUCUGACUGUGCUAAAAGGGAAGAUAAUGUUGCCAAGGAAGUAUCUGAUGUGACUCCAGUUAAUGCUGUAAGUCCAGAUAUUGAAGAGAUUAGUAAUGACUCUUUAAAAUCUUCAAAAUCAAUUAAAUCUGCCAGAAAUGAGGGUUCUGAAGGUAAUGGCGAGGCUGUUGACAAGGAUGACGAUAAGAAAGAAAUACACGUGUUUGUAUCGGAUUCAAAGGGUGGAGAUAGUCCGGGCAAGGUAAAAAAGUCUCGUAAAAGCGUGGCUAUACUGAAUUUGACGCCUCGACGUAGUUCCCGCAAUCUUAGCAAAGCGCAGAAGAGUUAUGUGGAGAAGGAGGAGGAUCCUGACAUAGAGGAGAUAACUCCACAGGAUCCUCUGGCCGAUCCCCUGUCCACAGAUCCUUUCCGUGAUGACAAGGAGAACAAUAAGGCACGCAGUACAAGAAAAAACACUAUUGUUGUGAAUGACACUAAACGCCUCGUAGAGAUUGCUACUGGAACGAAAGGUUUAAAAGGAGGCAAGAAGGAGCCGACAUUAGUUAUUAUUGAUACAAAUUCAAUUCUGUCUGGCCGUGGACCUGUUCCCAUCUCCCAGGGGCCACACGGUUCUUCACAUACAUCAUCUGUUGCAGCAUCGUCAUCGUCUGUUCCGGUAGCUUCAUCGUCAGGGUAUUCCAUACUACCAGUCGCUGUGCCCGCACAGGGGAUGUAUUCCUCUCAUUCAUCCAUGCGCAUGAGUAAUUCUCUUCACUCACCUCCUUCAGUUCCCAAACCUCCACAAAUUUUGCCCACCCUUACAGAUGACAUGUAUGUUGUAGAAGCUCCGUCAUUUAUAGUACCUUAUGUGUAUGAAAAGCCACCUAUUAAGCCUUUGAAAGAAUUUGUAGAAAAGCUAGGAAAAGAAAUAGAAGAAAUGAAAGAAAAGGAGGAACGAGAGAGACAAGAAAGGGAAGAGAAUGAGAAGAGGGAAGAGAAUGAGAAGAUUGAAAAGGAAGAACCAGAAGAAGAAAAGAAGGAGAAGGAGAGAGAUACAGAGAGCAACAAAGAAGAUUUGAUAGAUCAAAAGAAACCAAAUAUAGAUAAUUCUGAUAAAAAUGUAGAGGAGGAAGAUUGCGUUGAAUCUGAAGAGAAAGUUGACAAGGGCGAUGAUGAUGUUAAUAUGAAGGAUUUGUCUGAUGCAAAUGAGAAUAAAUGUAAAAGUGAAGAUAAAGAUGAGAGUGGUGAUAAAGAUGUAAAAGCUAAAGGAAAAGGAGGAAGCGAAAGCCAAAUAAAGCCAAGUGAAGACAAAAGUGGGGAAGAGAAGAAAGAAUCAGAAGACUCAAAGAAGAAUGGAGACAGCAUAAACAAAAAUGGCCCUGAAGUUCAGAACUCGGGGCCUGCUUCUGGUGAAGACAAAGAUAAAGCUGCCAGUCUUCCCAAGCCUGAAGAGAAACCCAACAGACCACCAACAUACUUUGACAACCCUUUGGGAAAGUUCUUUAUGCAGAUUGGCAUAAACCUUAUUGAGGAAUAUGUGCAGACAGAUAUGCUUCGAUCACAGAAACGGAAACGUGAUCGGGAUGGUGGAAGGGGAGGAGCUGUAACUCAGUUUGCCAUCAAUUCACUUCUUAAGACCUUGGAACUAAGCAAAGAAAAUAAUGAACCAUUUCAUUUGGAACAGAAGAAGUGUGAAUACUGCAGCUUUAAGACUGAGUCUUCGCUUGUUAUGGCACAACAUCUGGAAACCCCGCACAUGCGGAAUUACGUGUAUCGUUGUAAUUUCUGUCCGUUGGAAGUACGAAGUCCACAUGAUAUCCUUUUUCACAUGGAAGCUGAACAUAAUGUGCGUGGUAGGUUGGAACGUGCUCCAGCAUUUCAUCAGUGCCCCAACUGCCCGUUUGAAGACAAUCAGAAGGGUAAACUGACACGUCACUUGUUGUCGUGUGCAAAAAAGCAUAAACCAGACCGCAAUCAGGAACCGCCUCCUGACUGGGAACCACCAGCAAAAAUUCCGCGGGUUUCCCGCAGUCGCCCGGCGUCUCUUGGACUUGGUGCAGCUGCUUACCAAGCCAUGGCAGGGAAGCAAGUUCAACCUCAUCAUCCCUUACUUCCGAAACUGGUGCCGGCACCUUCACUGUCUUCACCAGGAUUGGGACGUGGCAGAGGCAGACCCCCUAUACACGCACGAUAUCACAUGCCAGACAUGAAGAUGCCUCCUCAGCGAGGAGUGGUACCUGCACAAAUCAGACAAGGGAUGAUGUAUCGACCUUCGUCAUCAUCCACUCAACCGCAGAUGUUACUUCCCACUACGUAUCAGAUUGCAGGCAAUCAGAUCUACCAGGUGGUGGGGAGCCAGGGUCAGAUGAUGCCAGUGGCGCCAAGUGGCCUGUCUUCAGUGCCUCGUCUCACAGUAAUGCCACCCAGUUCUGCCAGCAGUGGUGCUUCAGCACCCACACCCGUUGCACUGGUGCCCAAUAUUGCUGCUGGUAACAAUUCCAUCACUAUACAGAGUGCUAAUAACAAGAACCCUGCAGCUAAACUGCUUCAGCAGCCGAGUAUCUCUAUUACUCCUUUGCCACGACAGCCCUCAGGGAUCGCUCCAGGCAAUCCAGCCCACGCUAAACAUGGAACACAUCCUGGUGGCAAGGCUACCUUUGUCAUCUGUGAGAUCUGUGAUGGAUACAUUAAGGACUUGGAGCAACUACGUAAUCACAUGCAGUGGAUACACAAAGUGAAAAUCCAUCCCAAAAUGAUAUAUAAUAGACCACCGCUGAACUGUCAGAAGUGUCAGUUCCGUUUCUUUACGGACCAAGGCUUGGAACGCCACCUGCUGGGGUCACACGGACUUGUUACCUCCAGCAUGCAGGAAGCCGCUAAUAAGGGCAAAGAUGGUGGGCGUUGUCCAGUUUGUGGCAGAGUGUAUCAGUGGAAAUUGUUAAAUCACGUGGCUCGAGACCAUAACAUGACAUUGAAGCCUGCGCACCUCUCCUACAAGUGCACGGUGUGUACUGCAACGUUUGGAAUGUACAAACAAUUUGAAAAUCAUGUUUAUUCGGCUCAUAGUGUUGUUGCAAGACGGGUGAUGGAUAAGAAGGCACCGCAAGUCCCUCGACCACCACAACAAAAUGAUGCAAUUCUGAAGCCUCUCAAGAUAAAUGAUGAAAUAACAAUAAUUCCCCAACCGGCUCGACCUCGCCCCGGUCCGGCUAGUCGCACCGGAGCCAUAUCUGCACUGAUGCAGGAACAAAACCCUCCGAGUAAGGUUCAUGCCUGUGAGAAUUGUGAAGCAACAUUUGAUGGCCCAACAGGGUUUUCACAGUACGUGAGCCACAUAAGAAGGCGUCACCUACGUCGUUGUGGCGUGAAGGUAUGUCGGCUGGAUGGGUGUCCAACCUGUAAGCAAAGGCAUGUUACACAAGACAUGCUUGAUUUUCUGGAGGAACAGAAAGAAGGUGUAGAUGUUAUUGAGCUCUCAGAUGAUGAAGUAGUGAUAGCUGGUCAGGGUCGUAAUGAAAUUACCAUCACGAAGGUUUCAUGUGCACCUGGUCCAAGGCGUUUUAAGCAGAGAUUACAGCAGAGCCGUAAUGUACAGGUUAUCGAGCUGGAAGACUCCCCAGUUAAAAACAGUAACAAUUCUGAGAGCAUCGCUGGUAGAGAGAACGGGGAGGAUACGCUAACUGCGGUGAAGGAACGACUCCGUAGAAGGAAGAGUCUGGAGAUAAGUCAGGUGGAUUCCGAAUGUUCAUCUCCGCAAUCAAAUGAUGACACGCCAGCCAAGAAAAAGCGUCGGAAUGACGAUGACUGAAGUGACGGUGCGGUUCUUUCUAUUUUCCUAGAUGUUGUGUCAUCCUUGUUGUUGGUUCACAGUCUCUUAGCUGUCAUUUUGAUGGGUAGGGAAUAAUGUAAUUAAAUGCUAAGCAUGUGUUUCAUGAUCUUGAGAUACAGCGAGACAUACGGUACUUCAUGUUUUAUUUAUGACAUAUUAUACUUUACUAUGCAUAUGAAACUUAUCUUGCUUACAAACCACAUGUGAGAUUUCUAACUAGAAUAAUGAACUGAAUAUGGCGUUGAUAAAAUUAAACAGUUCCAAAUGUCUGCUUUAGGUUAUAAGUACUGACGUGGUUUUUAAGUUUGGUGUGACAGAAAAUGUGCAGUGUUUCAGGUGUGUAUGAAUUAUAUGUACCUUUCAAACGUAACCAAAGCGAAUGAAAGUUGUACUCGUGCAAAGUCAAGUCAUAGAGUGGGUGUGGGAACGACGUCCUCAAGCAGAUUGACUCUUCGAUCUGCCGUUAAUUAUGUGUACAGUGUAGACAAUAGAAAUUGGAACUAAAGCCAGAAUGGCGAAAGCAAGUAAACAAGGGGAAACUGUGGGAAUAUGCCAGAAAGUUGAACCUGUCUGGUCGUACAUGUUUCUACCCGAUGCUUUAUCCUGGUUUUCUCCUUAUUUUUUUACAUUACCUGUGUUUCAAUUGAAAGGAAGAUUUCCGUCAGGAGUCAAAAGGAAAAAGUGAGAGUAUCACCUAUGGUGAGUUGCCUCUUUUAUUAGGCUUUUCUUAUUGCUGACACCAGUAGCAACUUGUAUUCCAGUAAAAAGAUGUCAAAGACAGUGUGGUUUGAGUACAAUACCUGGUUUGUGUUUUCAUGAGUGUAUUUGGUUUAUAUCAGCCUGUGCACUUAAUAUUUUUGAUUUUUUUUUUAAGUCCCAUUAAUUUGCCAGGAUCUCUUCAUGACAGUAUCUGGUGUGUUACGUUCGCAAGAUGGCUGUUCUGGAGUCUUAGAAAAUUGAAGUGGAAAACUGCGGAUGAAACUUGUGGAAGAAGUUGCAGUUUUGGUUGAAACGCAUAACCUCAUCAUUAUGUUAUGUAAUACUGGAAUUAUUGCAUAAUUUAUUAAAAAUAUUCAGUAGGUGAUCUUAA